CACCCAUCAGUUUUCAAAGUUGGCAUGCACAAGAUGGCUGACAGAUGACCUUCUUGAUAGUUUGUCCAGACUUGUCAACAACUCAUCAAAUGACUGUAUGUCGCUUGUGUUGUCUGAAUACAACAAAAGAUGUAUGACAAACUAUGUUUCUACUGCACUAAACGGCAGAAGUAGCAUUCGCUUGCUUUUCUUCAUUGUAAAUGUCAGCAUUGAUCCACUGUCUGGCACUGCUUUUGCUUCUAACAAAAUCCUUGGAGGCAAUCACUGGACUGUGCUUGUUACAGACGUAUCAACCAACUUGUCCUACUAUGGCGAUUCCCUUGGCUAUCCAGUGCCCCCCAACCUCCUUUUGGAAUGUAAGCAGACAUUCUCUGAACUGCAAAAAAUAUUGGGAGAGCAGAUUGCAAUACCUCAAAGCAUCUUCAACUUGCACAGGCCCACUUUUGACAGAAAUGGCAAACAUGCUUGCUCCCGCGAAUGCUGCAAUUACCCAGUGCAAACAGAUUCAUCAUCUUGUGGUGUGAUUGCAUUCAUGUUCGUUGCUACUGUGUCAUUUGGUCCACAUGAAGUUUGGCCGUAUGUUCGCCUUCCACAAAUUCAAUGCCAUCCUCUAAAAUCUUUACUUUGUAUUUACCACCAGCCAAGUGCAUAUGCUCAUUACCUACGGACUGUCUUGGCAGUUUGGUUAGUCAGAGGCAAGAUUGACAUUCAAAAUGUUGUCAGCAGUUUAGCGUUUGACAACAAGAAGACACUUCCUAAGCCUUUGCAGGAAAACAGAAACAGCCGAUUACUCAGCCUUAGCUUGAAAAAGAAGCAGGUGAGCUCUGAUGUAUUGGGACUUCUUCAGGCUGCAGCAACAGCAACUAACCAUCCAAAACUAGAUGUGCCUGGCAGACUGUCAAUCACACAUUCACAUGUCAGGGACAGUGAUAAGACAGAAGCCUACCAAUCUGCAACGGGUCUCUUGUCUAAAGAACCAAACAACCAAGAUAGUAUGUUGUGUGAUAAAAUCACACCUGUUGAAAGCCCUCUGCAAAGCCCCCUUCCUAGCAACAUCAUUAGCGUUAGUGACCAAGCCAGGCUGAAAACAAACCCACCAACAGAAGUGAACCUUGGUUUACCUCAGGAUGUAGCUUACCUAUUCCCUGCAAACUACAGCUACCUUGUUGUUGAGCACAGCAAGAAAGAGCAAGAUGCUUUCUUGGGAGCAGAGUCCUACAACUUUACACUAACAGUAUGGACAAAUGCAAACACUCCUCAAGCAGCAGUGCAAUGGAUAGAAGACUUUGAAAAAAUCUCAAAAACAACAUACAGAGUAACAAGAGGAGUCAAACCAUCAGGUCAAAGAGUUCUGUUUAAAACAGUGCGACACUGUCACCACCAGCAAAAGAAACUAACUAAAACCCAAGAGAAAAUGAAGUCCCAAAUUCCACCAUCAUGUAUGUUCAAGAGCACCAGAAUGAAGAAAACAAAGUGUCCAAGUACCUUGAGAGUGCGAGUCUAUUCUAGCCUAGCCUUGGCUAUUGCCAACCAUCCUAGCAAAGCAUGUCUGAUUGACAUGCAGUAUAGCCACAACCAUCCUGUAAAUAGUGCACAUGCACUUAGUUGCAGGCCUGUUGCUAAUUGCGCCAAAGAGGAGUACAACAAUUUGUUUGAGUCAGGAUACUCAGCAGCCAGAGCUCGACAUGAAUAUGUUAACAGACUACAGCUAAAAUUUGGCACUUCAGAUGUUGAAGUUGCACUUGCUGAUCGGUCCAUCAACCCCAACUGCCAGGAUGUCCAACGCUUGUUUCAAAAAUGGAGACAGAAGUGUGUUGGCCCUGAAAAUGGCAAAUUAAUGUUUGAGCGUCUAUUGCUAGAAGUAAACCAAUUUAAUGAAGCCCAUAGCUCAGAAAACGGCAGAGCGUUUCUUCAACUUUAUCAGUCAGCUGAGGAGACCAAAGAAGCAAUGGCUCCUGAACAUCCACCAAAAGUUAAAAAAGUCACUCACAAUGUUCCAUUCCUUUUAGCAGUUGUCACACCCUUAAUGGCGAGAGCUCACAAACUAUUGUACCAAAGCAGUGAAAUGGUCUACUGCGAUUCUACAGCCAGCUUAGACAACUUAAACACUGCAGUGUUUGUACUCAGCUGCAGCACUGUUGCAGGAGCUGUACCGUUAGGGUGUGUGAUGGCUUCAAGUGAAGAUGUAGAGACUCUUACAGCUGCAUUUAAAGCACUUGUCAGCAUCCUACCUGACUAUGCCUUUUUUGGAAGAGGCAAAAUUGCAGGGCCGUUAACAAUUUUAACUGAUGACUCUGCAAGUGAACGAAGAGCACUCCAGAUAGUAUGGCCAAAAGCACAACUGCAUCUUUGUGUGUUCCAUUUCCUCCAAAGCAUGUGGCGUUGGCUGUGGAGUGAUAAGUCCAGGGUAACAGGAAACGACAGGGUAACUUGUAUGCUGCUCACAAAGUGCCUUCUGUACUCAUCUUCAGAGCAAGCCCUAAUGAAUGUAAAAGCUGAAAUUGAAAGCAGUCAAUUUCCUGUUUUCAAAAAACGGAUAGACAGUUACUGGCAGCGAAAAGAAGAAUGGGCUUUAUGCUUCCGGACACAAUUCCCAACACGAGGAAACUACACGAAUAAUUAUUCUGAAGCAAGCAUAAGAAUAAUCAAAGAUAUCCUGUUUCAAAGGCAGAAGGCCUGGAAUGCUGUACAGUUAUUCCAAAUGGUGCAUAUAACAAUGGAGUUGUAUUAUCAGCGCCGCUUACUUUCACUGGCAAGUAACAGACUUGAUCACUUCGUGUCAUUAAAAUAUACAUUAGCUGGUGUGAAGCUUGGUAGCACUUCCUUCGAUGAUGUAACAGCCACAGAAGAAGACCCUGAUGUAUACAUGGUUAGAAGCCACACAGAUCCACACAACCACUGGAUAGUAGACUUGCAACUAGGGGAAUGCUCUUGCCCGGUAGGAUACAAUGGAACACCAUGUAAACACCAGCUCGUUGCAGCAACAAAAUACAUGAAGUCCACCAUCAACAAGAUUCCAACUGAUUCCCCAAAAGGACGCCAGCUCCUUGCAGGCAUAGCUCUUGGAAAAGAUUGCCAACCCAUUAGCUUCUACAGCAGUCUUCACCAAAAGUCAGAUGAAGAGUACUUGCAGUCCCUCUCUGUUGAUAUUCAAUGGCAUAAUGAAGACAUACGGCAUUCUUUCAAAGAAUCAGCCAUGCUGGAUGAUGAUCUGUUCCAACAGAAAAGGCAGAAAACAACCAUGACGGAGACUGAAAUACCCAGUAGUGGUGAAGACAAGAAUCAGACAAUCGAGAGAGUCAAAACAAGUCUCAAUGAAGUCAUGGUUGACCUAGAAAUUGGAUUUGCCCCCAACAUGACAAAUAAUGAUGGGUAUCUGAUAGCUGUUAAAAAGUUUUGUGAAAACUACUGGAAAUGUCGAGGAAAAUUAACACAUCCACCGACCAAGCAGCAGCGGUUGGUUUCAGCAUUACACACUUUUGGCAGUCACACAGGUAUAACAAAGCACAGGCAAAGAAUUCGGGUGCAGCCUACAGCCCUCAGCAGACGAAAACAUGUAAAAAAUUCAAGCUCUGUUCCUGCAAAAGCUGGCCGCCCCAGUGUGUUUAAUAGUAGGAGAGCAACUCGCACAACUCCUUCUGUCAGUAGGUAUGUGAUGCCGAAGCGUAUACAAAAAAUAAAGAGACAGCACAGUCUGUCCGUCAGUAUUCAGAAGAACAGCAAAAAUGCUUGA